CAAUCGAACACUUUUGUUAGUUGUUAUUUGAAAGUCGGCAGGUCGACAAGAGUCGGGUCUAUUUUAGUUUUAUAAAUCUAUAUUACAUUGAAUCCAUUUGUAGUUAUUGUUUUCAAAUUUUAUACACAAAAUUCAAUCAAAUGUUUUCUUUGCAUCGUAAUUGUCAUUCGAUAUAAAUUAGAUGGUAAAAAGGUUUUUGAUAAAAAUUAAAAAUUUUGUGUUUUAAAUGUUCAGUUCCAGGAGAAUCGUAGUGUUUUCGAUUGAAUAAUAAAAUUCAUGUCGUUGCUUUUUGAAAAAAAAAAAAAGAUUUCUCAUUUAAACUAAGCUAACAAUUGUUGAGACUGACAAGAAUUGAAUGUUUUUUUUAUGAUAAAUAAAAAAAUUGAACACCAAAACAAAAACACUUAGAGAAAGUGGCUAAAAUAUUGUGUUUAUUCUGUGAGUGCUUUUCGACUCACAAGAAAGAAGAAGAAAAAAAAAACUUAAAAGAUUUUCAAUUUAAAUUAUUUAUGCGGGCCAAGCUGUGAGUUUGCUUUCCGCAAGAAAAUUUUCUAAAUUCAAUUUCGACCAAUUAACAGCCGGAGACACAAAGGGUCUACAAAUUAAUUUUAAACUAAAUUUUCGGUGUAUUCGGUACAAAUAAACGGCCUUCAAACUGGAUUACCUUAAUAUGGAAGAUCUUUACGAUAUAGGAAUCGGAACCGGCGAUCUGUGGGAGUCACAACUCGAUCCGGCGGUUAUGCAAGAAACACAACUUACAUCCGACACAUAUAUGCAAGAUUGGUUCCCGGAACGUGAUGUUAAAAUGCCACAAGUAAUUUUGCACGACAAAUUAAUGACCGACGCACUCCUUGGCAUACCAAUUAAGACAGAACAUUCCUACAGUCUGAAUUCUGACGGUGACUCAAUGCCAGAAUCGCCCCGCAGUUUAAAAACUAAAAUGGAAGAUAUGGAUGACGACUGCUACCCGGUAAUCACAAUGACCGCCAGACAGCACAUACAAAAUCGCAAUACUUCCAAUUCUGUACAAAGUGUAUGCAGUACAAACGACAGUUCAUCGAUAAGUAGUUCGGACAUAGAUGUGGACGAUUCAAAUGUGAAAGAAGAGCCGCUAUCUCCCAGUUCCAGUAAUCCUCCUAGUCCGUGCGCUGGCAGUUAUGAAAUCAAUUCAAAUUUGGCUAACAUGGCAGCCUACACAAAUACGGAUUUAGUGUUCGAACACAAGAACGGAUCCCUGCAGCUAUCACCCGCAUCUCAAAGUCUUCUGAAAAAUCAACACAUAAUCAUCGGAAGCACACAGAAACAACAAAUUAUCCAAGCACAACAGACAUUGAUUCAAUCGCAACAGUUGACACAAACUCAAAGAAUAGUCACGCCAAAAUUAAAUAUUAAAAUGGAACCGCAGUUAUCAACCUUUGGUCUGCCUCCAACUCCUCCAUCGUCACUGUCCAGCGAUGAUUCUGAAGGCAAUCAAAGCCCCGAACAUCAUUCAUCUCCACUAUCUCCGCCAGCACCUGUCCUAUCAUCACGACGAACGCCAUCAUCGAUACAGGGCGGACAAAAUACAAAUUCAACAUCCCGCGCUUAUACUGGCACCAGUUCACGGCAGCCGAUACACACACCGCUAAUCAGUAGUCAACCGAAAGGAUCAACCGGGUCUUUACUCCUAACCGAGGAAGAGAAACGCACACUCAUUGCCGAAGGUUAUCCAAUUCCUACAAGACUUCCACUUACCAAAGCUGAAGAAAAGUCUUUGAAGAAAAUUAGAAGGAAAAUCAAGAACAAGAUAUCCGCUCAAGAAAGCCGUCGAAAAAAGAAAGAGUACGUGGACCAAUUGGAGCGCAAGGUGGAAGUGGUGACAUCGGAAAAUACAGACUGUCGCAAGCAACUGGUCGAGCAUCGAAAGCGCGAAGUCGAGUACGUAAAGCAGGUGGAAGCAUUGUCGGGCGAAAAUUUCGAAUACCGUAAGCAAGUGGACGAAUACCGAAAGCGUGACCUCGAAAGCCGUAAAGAAAUGGAAGCUCUGCGCAGCCAACUAGCCAAAUUGCAAACAUUUUUGAGCAAACAGAAAAUGAAGAAAAUUUAAGAAAAUUGGUAACGCAGAACUGCUGUUGCAGCUGGUAAGUGUGCUCUAUGAUGCAGAGAUCAAUUUAUAUAUUUUGUAUCCCAAAAUUCUACAUUGUAUAUUAACGACGAAGUGGAAGAAAAACAAUAGUUUAUAAUAAAAUGGAAAUUUGUGUUUUCUGAAAUACAAUUUUUACGACAACUAUAAAUAUGCUUAUCAUGAUGAAGAAGGUAUAUGAAUAAAGUGUGAAAAAAACAAAAUAUUUUUUUGAGAGAAAAUAAUUUAAACGAAAAGACGAAAUGAAUUAAUACAAUUUGUCAAAGAAUGAAAACUUCCAUGUGCGGAAAAUUGAAAAAUAAAAAGAAUUUUUUUAAGAAAUCUAUUUUAGAGUUUAAAUAAUUAAAAUGUUGACACACAUUAUUAUAUAUACACAUCCCCCCAUAGAUAGGACAUAUAUUUAUACAUUUGUAUUGAGAGAAGAAAAAUGCGAGAAAGAAAUAAAUUUAUUGAAAGAAUUAAAUAAAAAUAAAAACAAGAAAAAUUGAUAUAAAAUGAAGACCGGGAGGAGGUAACCAAUGUACAAAUCGAUUAAAAAAAUAUAUUUUAAUGAAAUACACUAAAAAUAAAAUAUUUAAAAGUGGAAAAAACAAUUGUGUUAUAAAGGUAAAGUUUUCGUUUGUUUCAAAUUAUAAAUUUAUCAUAAUUAUAAUAAGUAAGCAAAGAAGAUAUACUUAAAGAAACAACAACAACAACAAAAAUCAUUUAUAUUAUGCAUAUGAAACACAUAUGGUUUUAAAAUCGAUAGAAUUAUUAAAUUAACUAGAAACGAAACAAGUUUAAGGUAUAGUAAUUUAUGUACAUCCAUUCUAACUAACUAAUAUAUGACUUGUGUGUGUUAAUUAAUAAUUAUAUUUGAAAGACAAAUGUAACAGAAAUCGUGCAAUAUAUUUUUUUUAUUAUAUUGUUAACACGAUUAUCAAAUUGAAAAGUUUAACCGAAU